AUGGUCCCCGCCAGAGUCGAACCCGACCUUGCACGAUUGUCAAGGUCCUCAACCGAACCCUUCCAAGCUGGCACUAAAUUUAAGAAAAGAAUCAUCGUGUGUUGCGAUGGAACUUGGCAAGACGGAGUGAUCGUCAAGGAGUGUUGGAAACACACCAACAUCCUGAAAUUAUCGCGGGGAUUGGAACAUGUGGAUGAACGAUCGGGAGUUCCGAUCCCCCAGAUCGUCUACUAUCAGUGUGGCGUCGGAACGGCGCAAAAUCUCUACUCUCAAUAUGUCGAUGGUUCGUGCGGUGUCUUCGUUCAUAUUGAAAAGGUCCAAGAGGCUUAUGCUUUCAUUUCCCAAAACUUCCACCCCGGUGAUGAAAUAUUCCUCUUUGGUUUCUCCAGGGGCGCAUAUACCGCACGGAUGGUAGCAAUGUUCAUCGGUGCCAUCGGCGUCCUAGACCGCACCGACAUGGACCACUUCGCCGACAUAUUUGUGUCGUACCAAAAACUUGGCAAAGAGACUGAUCCAACGAAGAUAGAACAGCUUGAGGCAUCGCUGAGCAAGUGGACCUCCCGCGAUUCUCGUGGCAAGAGACGAGCCGACACUGACAACGACUCUUUCUCAGUAAAAUGUGUCGGUGUCUUUGAUACUGUCGGUUCGGUUGGCCUACCUGAAGAAUUGACGCACAAGUCACCUUCCACCAAAUCUAUUUUCGGCUUCCCCAACAAUGAACUUGGGGAACACAUAGAGCGCGCCUAUCACGCUCUUGCCAUAAACGAAACCAGACUAGACUUUAACUGCUGCAAAUUCGAGCAAACGGAAGGCGGACGACGGAAAGGGCAGAUUUUGAAACAGUGCUGGUUUUCUGGUGAACAUUCAGAUAUCGGAGGCGGCUGGAAAGAUCAUGAUUUGUCUGACCUAACUCUUGCAUGGAUGGUGGCCAAUAUUGGUGACAUGUUGUCCAUUGAUUUCGCAUACAUCGUUUCGCUGCCGGAUCCAGUGGCGCCUUGGGGAGAGCAACAUCCACAUGAUCCGCGCACCGGUAUAUUCUCAAUAUCGCAGGCAAAUGUCAGAAAACUUCCGACAGCCACAGACAACAUCACGCACGAAACAAUCCACCCCUCUGUUCUCCGACAGAAAAACCCAAUCUCAUUCAAUCAUGCGCUUCUUUGCAAGUUGUUGCCUGUUGAGGAAGAGCUGCAGAAGACUUGGCCGUAUAUCGAAGGGAAGCACGACAAACAUCAGUCCAACUUGGAUGGAGCCGUGCAAGCGCAUUCAGUAACUUCUGUCUACUCCAGUUUGUUCUGCAGCUCGCCCAAUUCUGUGGGGACGCACUCGGGUUGUGACAUCCUCGAGACGCAAGUUACAGCAUCCCAGAGUGCCGAUGGUCACACACAAACGACUCGGUUUUCAAGCUUCCGACACAUGUUGGCGUGGUAA